AUUCCCAAAUAAAAAGUUAAAAGGAGAUUUGUGAUUUUAGUCAGGAUAUCAAGUAAUAUAAUCAAGAUUAACUUGCUAAUACAUGACACAAUUUGAAUGCUUUUGAAUAAGUUCUGAAGCUCGUUUCACUGAUCUUCUAUAAUGUCACUGAUUACUGUUGUUGUUUAGAAGAGAGGGUUCUGCAUAGGAGUAUAGGACAAACAGAACUUACCCAAAAAGUGACGAACAAACUAGAACUAAAGCAAAAGGUUUCUACUGCAGUACUGCUACUGAAAUCUUUCGACAAUGCCACUAUUUAUAUCUUGCAUUUUAUGGGAUGUAAAAUCUUACUAUCAACAACUCCAAAUCUUACUUUCUGCUUCCUUUUGUUCUCCACCAAACAGAGUUCUAAUUCAACUACGACGAGCAAAUCAUUUUAUACCAUCCUAUGCGACUCUACGCAGCAUAUAAGUUGUAGUCACUGGCAAAUGGCCUUGAACUACCUUAGUGAUGAAAGCUUUCAUAUAGAUUCAUUAUCAUCAUCAUCGGAACCAGACAUUUUGAUCAUCAAAAGCAUUUUAAUCAUGCAUGAUCCUGAUGGACGCGAGCUUGAUUGUGAGAUACUACUUCGAGUGAUUGAAAUCAUCAUGCAUCAAGCUACUGCAUCUGCAUCACAAGUUUUUGUUCAGCAGCAGGAUAUCUUUGAUAUGAGCAGCACAGUAGAAGAAUCACAAGACCUGCUAGAAGACUCAAUAUAUGUGAUAAUAAGCAAGAUACUCUGCAAGUGCUAUGGGGAUGAAAAUUUGCAUGAAAGUACAUUAAGUGUGUUGGGGAUACUUGAGAGUUAUAGAUGGGAUGCUAAACUGCUUCUAGCUCUUUCGGCUUUUGCAACAGUCUUUGGCGAAUUCUGGGUCAUAAUGCAGUCGUGGAGACAGAUUCCUUUAGCUGCGUCAAUUGCAUUACUUAAGCAAUUUCCAAACAGCUUCAACAUAUUGGAGCCUAUCUUUAUAGCACUGACUUCACUAGUCAAAACUAUGGUAAAAAUUAUUAGAAGCAUAUCACAAUUUGAAGAUCUACCAAUAACCCAUGUAGAGCUGCAGGAUGACACUGUCGUGACUACAAAAUCGUUAGUAUAUAUUGCUGCUUAUUGGAUUAUCAGGAGCAUUAUGGUCUGCAUUCCUCUUAUCACAAAUUUAAGAGCCAUCAAAGAUGAGCAAGAACGAUAUUCAGUAACAAGUGCUGUAUGGGAGAUUGCAAGUCUAAAUAUCAAGAUUGGCAGCAUUGGUACUCAGCUCAAAACACAAAUAGAUGUCUGCCAGCAACAGACAGAGCAGAAGAUGCACCUGAAACUCGUUAACUUAUUUCAAGAGCCACAAUUUGACAACCAGGAUGCCCUUAGGACGUUGUUUGGUCUGAGGAAUGACUGGCCACUAAAGCAAUCGAACGAACAACCAAAGGUUGGCAUCGACUCACUGAAGAACAAGAUUGUUAUACUGUUAAUUUCAAAACCAGAAAUCCUGCCCGUAGAUGAAUUGCUUUUACUGGUUCAGCAGACAUAUGAUCAUCUUCUGCACAAUAAGCUGAAUAGAAGCUAUGAUAUCUUAUGGAUCCCCAUCUCAAAUUCCAAGAAUUGGAGUAACAAUGAAGUAACACUAUUCAAUCUUUUCUCAAACUCCUUGCCAUGGUACUCCAUUCGACAACCAUGGUCACUGAGCUCAACAACAAUCAAUUAUGCAAAAAAGGAGUGGAAAUUCAAUGGUAACCCCAUUAUGGUUGUCUUGGACCCUACAGGAACGGUUACUAAUAUAAAUGCUGUUGACAUGGUACGAAUUUGGGGAACUGAAGCUUACCCAUUCUCAGCGUCAAGAGAAGAGGAGCUAUGGAAAAAACAGAGAUGGAAUCUGAGACUCUUACUUGACAGUAUUGACCCCUUGUUAACCAAGUGGGUCGAAGAAGGAAGAACAAUUUGCAUUUAUGGAGGCAACAAAAUUGAGUGUGUAAGAAAGUUCAGCGCAGAAAUUAAGGGCAUCCAAAGCUUAGGUGCACAACUUGAGGUGCUUUAUGUUGGCAAAAAACACCUAAAGGUACCUGCAAGCAACAUAGUUUGUGCUAUAGAGAACGACAAACUAAGCCACUAUAUCUCUUUGACAAAGAUACCUUAUUUUUGGGAGCGUCUCGAAAGUAUCAGAAGAUCAAAACUCAGGCUCAAACAGACCGCUGAAACUGAUCAUAUUCUGAGCAAGGUAAUAACAUUACUAGAUGAUGAUUUAGAUGAAGACUGGAUAAUUGUUGGGAAGGGUUCUUCAACAAAUACUGUAAAGCUUGACGGUGAUGAAUGGGCUAACUUCCUGAGUAAAGAACAGGUAUGGAAAAAGUUUCUGCCAGAAAUUGGGUUAAUAGAUGCUAUCAGACUUUCUCUGGAACCUCCACUAACUGAGCCAUGCUCCCACUCAAGAAUUAGUAGAUACGAGAAAGAGCUAAUGGAAGAAGCCGUAAUUUGUGAAAUGUGUAAGCGUCCUAUGGAGAAAUUUAUCAUCUAUGAUGUGGUGUAGAUUUCCUGGAUACAAAUGACUGACUUUUGAAUUGUUGUGAGAGCAAUCAUAAUUAGAACUUCUGUGAGUAUUAUAAUGACUCCUCUUUUUAAGGAAGAACUGCUGACUUAGAAGUUAUUAGUUAGUUUUCUAAUUCUAAGGUCAGUAAGUUCUUAGUUAAUAAACAUGUGAUUGUUAUGUCAAUUAGUGGAUCUUUUAAGUUGUUAACCUUAUCUUGUUACUGUGACAAUUAGUUAUAGAGAUCAUGGAGAUCAUAAAUGCUCCUAUAAAUAUUCUUACUGUAACUCGUUUAAUGCAGUACAUACAUCCAAUGCAUCAGUUUGUUGUGUUUCUUCUA